AUGUCUUCCUCCACCUUCGGCGGGGCUACGAAUUUCGUCUUCUGGGACGCCGGGGAUUGCAAGAUCCCUGAGGGCAGCACCUAUGCUGGUAUGGUUAAAAUCUUUGUCUAUCGAACUUUAGCUCAGGUUUGGACAGAAGAUCCACCAAAUUUGGAGAAAGAAAUCAAGGUCACUAUAAUCCCUAAUGAAGAUCAACAUUGGAAGCAUAUGAAGAUGAUGACUGAUAUCUUGAUGGCAUGGGUAGAUGAAGAGUAUAUUCCUGCAAAUAUACUCUUCAUCUCUGGAGACAUGGACAUGGAGAUAUCUCAUCUUCUCUACCGUUUAAAGAUGAGAGGCUCCAAUAUUCUCCUAGGACAACUUGAAGAUAAGCCCCGAAUGUUUCUUCCUGACACCCACACAUUGUGGCGUUGGGAAUCAUUAUCCAUAGGAGGAGAACCUAUAGCGGAAAGUUUUCGGCCCAUUCGCCAUCCUCAACCUGCUGAACCUAUCGAACAAACUGGACGCCGAAAACGGCUGCGACUCGGUUGGCAAUGA